AGAGCACCUCCUGCGGAUAAAUAAAUUUGUGUUCAUCACCUGAUUAUAAAAUACCCUCAACACCUUAUUCACUGCCCCAGAAAUUCUUUACAAUUUUCACAGCAAAGAACUUUUUUUUUCGCUCUUUCGCGAUGAUUUUUGUGCAUUUUUUCGUGAUCCUCACAUUGGGGAUGUUUUUUGUUGUGCAGGGAGAUGAGAAUCCGGGAUUCUUCCUGAAGAUUACGAAGAAUGUCCCACGGAUUGGACGAAGAUCCCUCCCGACAACUUCGGAAGUGGAUAAUUUCUUCUUCAAAGGACUCAAAAAUGUCCCACGGAUGGGUAGAAGGAAUGAUCUUAUGGCGGAGGAGAAAUCUCCCGAAGAUGACGUUCAAGCGGAAUUUUCUCCGGGAGAUUCAAUGAGAAUCCAAAAACGUGGUCAACCACCACCAUCAUCGGGAAACUACAACAAUGUUCAGCCUUUCGAUUUACGCCUCCUCUUUGAUAUUCUCGCUGAUGACUACACAGAUCUCAAGUUUGUCUCCUGGAGGGAUUUCGAUGAAGCCCUCGAGGCGGACACGGUGCUCUUUGAGAAACUAUCGCAGGUGGCAAAGGAGAAGGGUUCCCCGGAAUGGAAGACUCACAUGAGAGCAAAUAAUUUUGUCUCUCUCCUCCCAGGAAAUGGCAACAGGCACUCAAUUGAUGAUCUUCUCUACCGCCACGAUCGCCCCAUGGGAGGCUAUGGGCAGAGUAACUAUUUAGACGCCAGGAAGGGUGAUCUAAACAAGGAAUUCUUCUAAAAUCUUCUCAUUUCUCCGGGAGAAUUUGAGAAAAUGUUUAAGAUUUUUAGGAAUUUAUGAUGACCAAGGCAUGAUUUCUGGAAGCAUUUUUUUGCAUUUCCUUUCAUUGAAAUAAAUUUGCAAAACUUACA